AUGUUCGCCCUCCGCUCCGCUACCCGUUCAGUCUCGGUCCGUGCCCUGCACACCACCGCCAUGCGUGCCGCUGAGCGCUCGGCGCUCGAGACCAAGCUCCGCGACGGCCUCAAGACGGCCAUGAAGGCCAAGGACAAGGCGGCCGUCACCUGCCUCAAGACCACCAUUUCGGACAUUACCAACGCUGCCAAGCUCGGUGCCGACCCCAACGAGCCCGCCACCCAGGAGGCCGUCAUCACCGCUAUCCGCAAGGCGGUUGAGAAGAGGAACGCCGCUGCUUCCGAGUACGCCGCUGGCACCCCUGGAGCCAACGAGGACAUGUUUGCCUCGUUCCAGAACGAGAUUGUCCUCCUCCGGUCGUACCUUCCCGACGCGCCUUCCUCCGAGGCCGUCCAGGCCAUUAUCGACGAGAUUGUCGGCGGCCUCGAGACCCGCGGCACCAAGCAGACGGGACCCGUCAUGAAGGCCCUGUGGGAGCGCCUGGGCGAGUCGCGCGCCAGCGUUGACAAGAAGGACGUUGCCAAGCGCGUCGCCGACGCGCUGCGCGCAUAG